AUGGAAGAAAGCUAUAUAGAAGAAAUCGAAUUAGAUGAAAGUCAAAUGGAUAGAAUUCGCCAAACAGAGGAAAAUCAAGCAGGAGGUUACGUUUAUCGCGAUAUGCUUCGAAAAUAUAAAAGUAGAGAAAAUGAAAUAGUAGCAACAAACAAACUUGAGACACAGCUUACUGACAUGAGUGAGGAAAAUUCUAGAAGUGCAAGUAUGAGUAAGCAAAAUUCUAGAAGUACAAAUAUGAGUAGGCAAACUUCUAGAAGUACAAAUAUGAGUAGGCAAAAUUCUAGAAGUACAAAUGCAGAUAUUAGUGAACAUGAGGACGAAGAUAAUUUAAUUAGUAAUAUGGAGGGGGAAAAUAAACGUGUGAGUGAACAGAAUAUGUCGGGUAAUACUGACCUACAUUCUACUAAUCUUGAUAAACCUGACUAA